CCAACGGAGAACAUGUUGCCACAAGCAGCCCUUUUGCUGCUAAUGUACUUGAACUUGGUACACGGAAGAUUUCAUGGCCAGCAAUACCAAACACCUACAGGCAUAAAAGGCCCACUGCCCAACACCGGAACACAGUUCUUCAUUCCCUAUGCCAUAAAGAGUAAAGGUGUUUCAGGAAGAAGAGAGCCAGGUGUUCCUGGCCCACCAGGCCCCCCUGGACCUCGAGGGUACCAAGGUCCAACUGGACCACCAGGAAAACCAGGUUAUGGAAGUCCCGGACCUCAAGGAGAACCAGGAAUGCCGGGACCACCGGGACAGUCGGCCACAGGGAAGCCAGGUUCACCAGGCCUCCCCGGAAAGCCAGGGGACAGAGGGCCAAAUGGGGCGAAAGGAGACACUGGCCCGGCCGGCUUACCAGGCCCGCGGGGGCCACCAGGCCCACCAGGACUCCCUGGUCCCACUGGAAUUUCCACUCCAGGGAAACCUGGACAACCGGGCCCAACGGGAGCCCCUGGUCCUCGGGGCUUUCCAGGAGAAACUGGAGUGCCAGGAACCCCUGGUACAAACGGCCGGAAAGGUGACAGGGGCUAUGGAGUUCCUGGACGCCCAGGGGAGAGGGGCCUUCCGGGCCCUCAGGGUCCCAUGGGGCCCCCCGGUCCCCCUGGAGUGGGUAAAAGAGGGGAAAAUGGGUUCCCAGGGCAGCCAGGCAUCAAAGGUAGUCAAGGCUCCCCCGGAGAAAAGGGGCCGGCUGGCCCACCAGGUCCUCCAGGCCCUCCUGGGAGUCGGGGACCAGAAGGUGCGGGAAAGCCAGGAGCCACUGGAGCCCCAGGCCGGCCUGGGAUUCCAGGAACGAAGGGUCUCCCUGGGGCUCCAGGACUGACUGGCCCCCCAGGGCCUCCAGGCUUUGGGAAAACGGGAUUGCCAGGCCUGAAGGGACAAAGAGGACCUCCUGGCCUGCAAGGAGAGCCAGGUACCAAAGGCGAACAGGGUUCAGCAGGACGUCCUGGAGACCCGGGUCCACCUGGAAGCUCUGGGAAUAUGGGUCCCCAGGGACCAAAAGGCAGCCCAGGAGAGCCAGGGAUGCCAGGUCCCAAAGGUGAGCCAGGGCCUGUAGGGCCUGUGGGACCCCCUGGGGCCAGGGGAGAAAAAGGGUCCCCUGGGCUACAAGGAAAACCAGGGUCACCAGGAGAACGAGGCUUCAGUGGUUCUAAGGGCAACCCAGGGUUACCAGGCCCCAAAGGUGAACCUGGAGUUAGAGGACCUCCUGGUAUGCCCGGCCCCGCGGGUCCAGCGGGAGCUAAGGGAGUGCCUGGAUCUAAAGGUGAGGCUGGUCCAAGAGGUGCCCAUGGGGUACCUGGCAUCACAGGCCCCAUUGGGCCGCCAGGGAUUCCAGGGGUUCCCGGAACUAAAGGGGACAGAGGAGCUCCAGGUCCUCCUGGGCCGGCUAGCAUGACAACUAAGGGCCUCAAAGGACCCACUGGGCCACCAGGGCCUCAAGGCCCCAGAGGCUAUCCGGGACAGCGAGGACCCCCAGGGCCACCGGGGCCCCCAGGUCCUGCAGCCCAGGCUAGAGUGUAUAGUAUUACAAGGGGAGACCAGCCUGGCUCUACAAAGACAAGAGAAGAGCCCUAUUAUUCUGGCAUGUCUUUUGGCAGCACUAACCAGGGCGCAGCAGGCAUGCCAGUGUCAGCUUUCGCUGCUGUUCUUGCCGAAACUUACCCACUAAGAGGUACACCCAUUGCGUUCGAUAAAAUUAUGUAUAACAAGCAGCAGCAUUAUGACCCAAGAACUGGGAUUUUCAACUGCAAGAUACCGGGUAUAUACUAUUUCUCCUACCACAUGCAUGUGAAAGGGAUCCAAGUUUGGGUGGCUCUGUAUAAGAACAACCAACCAGUAAUGUACUCCUAUAUUGAGUCCACCAAAGGCUAUAUGGAUCAGUCUUCAGGGAGUACCAUCCUGGAGCUCAAGGAAAAGGACCAGGUGUGGGUCCAGAUGCCCCACAUUGCCCCUAACAGCCUCCACUCUUCCAAGUAUGCAGACUCCACUUUCUUAGGAUUCUUGGUGGCGCCACUGUGA